AUGAGGAUUUUCGAUACCUCUAGAACUGGUCAUUUGAACAUUUAUGAGUUCAUUGCAAUUUAUCGUUAUCUAGAAAUUUGUUAUGCUUUAUUCAAUGCAUAUAAUGGAAGUGGUCCAGAAAUUAUUAAAUCACGACUUACUGGUCUUGGUUUUAUUGGAGCCACUCAAUGCACUGUUGAUAUAUUGUCUAAAAUCUUUUCAUAUAACAACACAAUGGACUUAAAUAAUUGGGUUGCUUGUGCUGCUUUUGUCCUUCAAUCAAGAGCAAUCUAUCAAGACCUCCUUGACCAAGGACUAAUGCAAAGAACCCAAAACCCUCAAGAUGCAACAAAAAUUUUAGAUUCAAUUACUCUUCUUAUCGACAAAUAA